CUGGCGCAAGCUCGUGAAGCGCGUGCCGUUCGAGUUACAACGAGUACGGCGACGAAGCGAGAUACGGAGUCAUGCGGUCAGCCAAAAGGACACAAACCUACUGGCGAGCUGGGUGUUGGAUCGCGGGCGGGGCGGCGUGCGGGGGCGCCCCAUUGGCCCGCCGGGGCACGCCUCCGACGACGACGGUGCUCCGACGACGCUGAUGCCGUCGCUAUCCCUCCGCAUCACAACGCAACACUACCACCUCUUAACAACUUUCUCAACAUUGUCUAA